AUGUUACUUCGAGCUUUAUUCAUCACUUUUGUUUUCCUGGCUUUGAUUGACUUUACAGAAGCCUGGGGUCGUGGUGGAGGGAUGAUGCGUAUGAUGCGAAUGCCGAUGAGGCUUGGGAUGCGCAUGAUGAGAGGAGGCAGAAGGGGUAUGUAUGGAAGAGGAAGAAUGGGUAUGUAUGGAAGAGGAAGAAUGGGUAUGUACAGGGGAGGACGAAUGGGAAUGUACGGAAGAGGAAUGUAUGGAGGAGGGAUGAGUCCAUAUGGAGGAAUGGGAUACAAUCCGUAUGGGUAUGGAGGCAUGUACGGUGGCGGCAUGAAUCCAAUGUGGGGACGU